AUGUCGCUAUGGUCAUCGCUUUAUCCUGUGAUUUCUUCUGAUCCACGUUUUGACGCUAUGCUUACUCAGGACGGGUCAACUCCACUCGAUUUGUUCAAGUUUUACGUAGAAGAACUGAAGGAACAAUAUGGGCAGGAUCGAAGAGUUAUCAAGGAUAUACUCAGCGAUCAAAAGAAAGUCGUUCAG